AUGGCUUUGCUGUGCUACCGAUGCCGGAGCCUGGAUCUCACCAUCGAUAAAUUUAUCAUCCGGCUAGGAUCUUCCGCGACUGACAUCCCGCAUGACCCCCAGCGAUAUGAGCCAAAGAAAGCAAAAAGCACAUUCCAGGUCAAGUCUGGCAAGAGUUUAAAACACGUCAAGGUCCUGGGAAAACUCCACGAGAAUAGCCGUACGUGCCAGCUCUGCGGCCUAAUAUACCGGACGAUCGUCCGUUAUGGGAGGCAGAAUGUCAACGAUGAAACCUCGUUUUCUCUCACAUGGGAAGUUCACGGGCGGGAGUAUCAAGAGGGCCACGGGUUUGUCAACAAGACCCGUCGAAUCAGGCUCAGUUGGAGUGAAAUUUCAGGAAAUCAGCAAGAAGCCUAUCUGAUGCUGGUGGCUCCCCAGGACCCGCUGCGUCCUAUUUCGGAUGCCUCGGCAGAAUACCAGAAAGAGUAUCACUUUCUCGGUCGAGGCUUCGGAGACCAGCAAGAGAAACAGGCACUUAUGAAGAGCUGGAUUGACAUAUGCGUGAAUAAUCGCAAUGGAGAUCAUGAGCUAUGCCGGAAUAACCAUGGCACGGACGAAGCGUUCAAGAGUCUGACAAAGCAGACCUACUUCGGCGUGAUCGACGUGGUAGACAUGCAGUUAAAAUCGCUGCCCAGGAGGGAAGAAGACGAUACUCCCGAGCCAUACGUUGCCCUUAGCUAUGUCUGGGGGCAGAAGGAGGCGCAGCCCUAUAGGACAAUUCGACGGACUGUCAUGACCCAUAUCCUCCACGGAGGCUUGGAACCAGCGUGGGAAAAAAUGCCGCGAACAGUCCAAGACGCCAUGCUGCUCGUGAGCAGAUUGGGCUUCCGCUAUCUUUGGAUUGACUCGCUUUGUAUUGUUCAGGAUAGCAAAAGCUCCUGGCAAUUGAACGCCAGCGCGAUGCACCUCGUCUAUGGCAAUGCCCAGUUUACCAUUUGCGCUGCGGACGGGGCCGAUUCAUCCGUUGGACUCCGUGCAGCAAACCCAGUGUUGCGAGCGAUGCGACCAGCUACCAAUGGUUGGGACACAAUGGCUUCUAUGGCCGAUGUCGAUAGUGGAGACCAGGAGACAUUGAGCGCCGAAUGCUCUCCUGGGGUGCGACUAAUGGUGACAAGAUCACCAGAGGCCGUGCUGAGCGAUUCAGCAUGGAGCAAGCGCGCAUGGACCUUUCAAGAACGGAUCCUAUCCCGUCGUUGUCUCAUUUUUGCCGAAGGCAAGGUGUACUGGCAAUGCCGGGCGAUGACCAUCGCGCAAGACAUUCACACUGACGGCAGCGAUAAAGGACUGGCAGUUGAACUGACUAAUUCCCCGCUUCGCACCCUCCAACAGCUACAACGACGGCCUCUGUGGUCGUAUAUGUCAUACGUCCGGAUGUACACCGGGCGUCUCCUCACCAAACAGCGAGACGUACUGGCAGCCUUUGAGGGUGUCGCGUGGCUCUUGGGCAACUACAUGAGAACGCCUUUCAUCUUCGGUCUUCCAGUCUCACAUUUCGAUCUAGCCUUGCUAUGGGAUCCGAUGCAGGCUCUCUGCCGGCGGAGGCCAGGCCAUGGGGCACAAACGGGGCAGCAGACCUGUACGGUAGACGAGCUAGGAAACUGCACCUGUCGGGCCGAACAAGAAUCUUUUGGAGACAUGGAGUUCCCAACAUGGGCCUGGGCCGGAUGGAUGGGAGGGAAAAUCGAUUAUCAGUCCAAAACCCUGGAAGGGUGCUUGGAAAAUGUGCACGAAUGGCUCGUUCACAGCACAUGGAUCCAAUGGCAUAUUCGCGACGACACGGGAUGCUUACAGCCUUUGUGGGACAUUAUACCCCAGGGCAGAGCUGCUCUAACAACGACCCGGCCACAGGGCUUUCGAGACGAUGGUUCAUGGAGAGGCUAUCCUGCAAGUGCCCCGGUGAUGGCCCAUCCACCGAGGCGCUCUGAAGUCCACCCGGCCCCAAUUAGGCCCAUUCCCGUUCGUAUCGUAAAUCGCCAACCUGUUGCACCGCAGCAGGCGGAUAAUCGCCAUGGUCGCCGGGUUACUUUCGAGAGGUCUCAUACCGGUCCCUCGUACGCCUCUGUUCGCACAUCGUCUAGUGAGGAGUCAGAAUCCCUGGCUUCGUCGAGCCAUAACUCCACUCUCCAUCGACGACAGCGACGCCCUCGUUCGAGUAGUUCCGAUUAUGACACAGAAGGUCGCUCAGAUUCUGGAACAUCAUCGUUGAGAGAUGUGCCCCUCGGGAAAGAUGAUAAGUAUGUGUCGGUGGGGAACGUGCCCUAUACGCAAAUACGAACGCCGCAAAUAGUUAUCCCGCGCACUACAGGCCCUGAAGACCCCUUCUCCGAAAAAGCUAAAAAUCAGGAAUAUAUUUCAAGAGGAGGGAGCUUCGCCGACACUUUCACGCGCGGAAGAUCUGGUUCCCCAAUCCCAAUGCCCCGAAUCGACCCAUACGGACGACAGCUACGAGGAGAGAUACCCAAAGACAACAUCGAAUUCGGCGCCAUCCUUCCUGACAAUCCAUUUGGCGUUGGGCCCAGGAAAAUAGGCCCUAGGGGGAAAUCACCGUCCUCGCUGCGCUUCAUGCCUAUCCUCCAAUUUUUUACAUGGCGUACCGAGCUUCACGUGGUAAUUCGUGAUUGCAAGGUCCCAAGUACGACCAACACAUCGAGCACUCAGCUAUGCCAAUGUGAUAUCGUCGACAAAGAAGGUGACUGGUGCGGUAGUAUUGUGCUGGAUGAAACGUGGAUUCGUGCGCGAGAAGCACACAUGUUCACGUUCAUUGCGAUUUCUGAGGCCAAGCAGUUCACAAUGGAGGAGUGCCCUGUCUGGACAUACUACAUACCCAAGGUGCGGUCGGAGUCGGAAUGGGACUUGUACUACGUGCUGCUUCUGGAGAGAAACGAAGACCGGUGUCUUUGGGAGAGGGUCGGUAUGGGCAAGGUCUUCCAGGCAGCCUUUCGAGAUGAUAUUUGGGGCGAGAUUAAACUUGGCUAG